AAAUAUUAUUAGUGCAUCCACAUCAGUUGGAGGAAAGAGAAAACAAUUUAUACAAGUGCUAAAAAUUUGCAAACAAAAAAAAAAUAUAAUUAUUUAAUACUACUAUGAGUUUGGAAACAACUAUCAAUACAAAUUUAAAUCAAGUGCCUUUUAUUGUAUUAAGAAAUGGUCGUAAAAUGCCUAUGAUAGGUCUAGGAACCUGGAGGUUGCAACGUAAAGCUUCAGAGGUUGUAUGUGAUGCCAUUGAUGUGGGCUAUCGUCAUUUUGAUUGCGCCCAUAUUUAUCGCAACGAGGUAGAGGUGGGUGAAGCAUUUAAGGAACUUUUGGGAAAGGGAAUUGUAAAUAGAAAUGAUUUAUUUGUAACCAGCAAACUAUGGAAUACAUUCCAUCAUCCCUCUAUGGUGCGCCAGGCUUGUGAGACCACCUUAAAGAAUUUGAAUCUAACACAUUUGGAUAACUAUCUAAUACACUGGCCCAUGGCCUACAAAGACGGCGAAGAUUUGUAUCCCAAAGAUGCAAAUAAUAAAGUUAUAUUUUCAAAUGUUGACUAUGUUGACACCUGGCAGGCUAUGGAGUCUUUGGUAGAUGCUGGUCUAUGCCUUAGUAUCGGUCUGUCAAAUUUCAAUAUAUCUCAAAUUGAACGUAUUUUAAAAGUGGCUCGUAUACCACCCACUAAUCUGCAAAUUGAAUGUCAUCCUUAUUUGAAUCAACAUAAAUUAAUGGAGUUUUGUAAAGCUCACAAUAUUGUGGUAACUGCCUAUAGUCCCUUAGGUUCGCCAAGUUCACCGUAUGCCAAACCGGGGGAAUAUCCUAUACUGCAAAAUCCCAAAAUUUUGUCUUUAGCUGAGAAAUAUCAUAAAACUCCGGCCCAACUGUUACUGCGCUAUCAAGUGGAUCGUGGCAAUGUUGUUAUACCAAGAUCAGCUAAUAAGGAUCAUAUGCUAGAGAAUUUUAAUAUACUGGAUUUUAAGAUAAGUUCGGAAGAUAUGGACAUAUUGAAUAGUUUAGAUUUUGGAGGACGUUUUAUGAUAAUGGCAGAUGCCAAAGGACAUCCUCAUCAUCCAUUUGAAAAUGAAUAAAUAUUUACAAAUUAUUUGAAUUUAUAAUAAAUUUUACAAUGUACCUGUUC